CUCUCUUCUCCUGUUACUCCCUUGUGCGCCUCUCUUCUGCAUCUCGACGGGCACACAGGCGGCGCCGCCGCCUGCCUCCGCCUGUCGCCCCGAGGCCGGGCCCCCGCCUCCGCCCGGCGCACUAGGCCGGCGCCCUGAGCCCGUCGUGGGCGCGUGCCGCACGCAGGGCUGCCUGCGCCGGCCACCAGCAGGGCUACCUGCGCCCCCCCCCCCCCCCCCCAAAGGACCUCUGCUGCGCCGCCCCCAAGGACCUCUGCUGCGCCCCCGAGGGACCUCUGCUGAGCCGCUCCCAGAUCUGAGGAGUACAAGAGUUUCUCUAAUGUGCGUGUGCUAUGGAUUGCAAUUGGAGUGAUUUAGUUGCUGGACUCGAUGCGGAGCAUGAGCUUAGUUUACUAGCUUUAGAUGAUGGUGGUAGCACUAGUCGCAAUCCAAUGCAACCACAGGAACAUGCUAUUAAUUGGGAUGAAUUACUGAUUGAGGAAAGGCAAGAUGAGGAAGGGGAAGGAAGGUUAGAAAUUAUCGAUGAGGAUCAGCUUUAUGUUCUUUUGGGACUGAGAACAGAGGAUGAAGCUGCUGGUGGUCUUCCUUCAAAUGAGGAUCAAGCUACUACAAUCAAUGGUAGUACAGUUCCUGAUAUUGACACUACAACCAGGUACACUUCCACAGGUUCUUUUGUGCUUUGAGUCCUUAUCUUUGUAUAGACUCCACUGCAUUGAAUGGUAGAUGGUGUGGGCACUUAGCAGCAGCCACUGCUCUAGAUGGGCACAACUGGAUGUACCCUGUUGCAUUUGGUUUCAUAGAUGGUGAGACAACAGAUAAUUGAGAAUGGUUCAUGACUCAGCUUCAUAAGGCCAUAGGAGACCUUCCUACUCUUGCUAUUUGCACGGAUGCAUGCAAAGGUCUAGAGAAUGCAGUGAAAACUGUGUUUACUUUUGCAGAACAUAGAGAGUGUUUUAGGCACCUUAUGCAGAAUUUCAUUAAGAGGUUUGGUGGUGAUAUUUUUUGCAAGAUGUAUCCUGCAGCUAGAGCAUAUAGACCUGAAGUAUUUCAAUACUUCUUCAAUUUUGUAAGAGAAGCUAGCCCUGAUGUGAUGGAUUGGCUUGAAAAGCAUCAUAAGUUGUUGUGGAUGAGAAGUGCAUUUAACACUGAAAUCAAGUGUGAUUAUAUAACCAACAACCUUGCUGAAUGUUUUAAUAAUUGGAUUAAGGAUUGGAAGGACCUCCCUGUACAUGAGCUUGCUGAUAAAAUUAGAGAGAAGGUAAUGGUAUUGUGGAGGAAGAGAAGAAAAAUUGGUCAAAAGCUUAAUGGGAGAAUUUUACCUGCAGUCAUACGUACACUAAAAAUGAGAACCAGGGGCUUGGGUCACUUGACAGUUAUCAGCUCUGAUAGUUUUGCUGCAGAGAUAUGGGAAAUUAAUAGUAUGCAUAACAGACAUGUAGUGAAGACUUAUCUCCGUCAGUGCUCCUGUCUUGAGUGGCAACACACUGGGAAGCCAUGCCAGCAUGCUUUGGCUUUGAUUACAGCCCAACAAAGUGUAGAUGUGGAUCUGGAGGACUUCGUGCAUGAUUACUAUUCGGUUGAAAAAUUCAGAAAUGCAUACAAGAGAUUGAUAGAGCCACUCCCAGAUAAAAGCCAAUGGCCACAUGUGGAACUUCCAUUUAGAGUUCAGGCCCCGUGUGACAAAAAGGGUGCAGGAAGGAAUAGGAAGUUGCGGAUAAAAGGUUGUGUUGAAGGAGGAAGUGGUGGCAAAGGAAAAAAGGCCGUGAAAGAGGCUGCCAAUGAGGCUGAUAAAGCUGCUGAGGAGGAGGCCAUGCAAGCUGCUGAUGAGGAGGCCGUGCAAGCUGCUGAAGGUAAAAGGCAAAUGAUAAGAGGCAAAAGACAGUGCAAGGGAUGUGGAGAAUUGGGUCAUGGAGAAACAAGCUACAAGUGCCGCCUAAAUGGGACAAAGAAAAGGAAAAGGAAACCUAGGACAAAUACAACCAAGUAUGGGAAGAAUGGUAAUAAGAAAUCAAAGAAGGCUGCUGCAAAUCCUCCUGUACAAGGUGAAAAUGUAGUUGUCCAAGAAGAGAAUGCUGCUGUCCAGCCCCUAGAAAAUGUUGUUGUCCACUCUGAAAAUGCUACUGCUACUGCUGUCCACUAUGAAAAUGUUGUUGUCCAGCCCCCAGAAAAUAUUGCCACAGCUAAGGCAACUAUUCUUGCAACAAGUCCAGACAGAGUUACUAGAAACCGCCUUGCUUUCCUACUUGGAGAAGGUACAAGUUCAUCCCCAGCAAAGCGGGCUCCAAAAUCAAAAAAGAAAGGAGUAACAAAGAAAUUGACUCCAAAGAAGCUGAACCCGAACAGAGACUGUACUACUAUAAGUUAUGUAUGAACUGAGAUGUAAUGACUAUGUAUGAACUGAGAUGAGAUUUGGCUAUGUAUGAACUGAGAUGUGAACUAAUGUAUUGUCUAUGACCUACGUAUGUAUCAAGUUGUUCUGUGGUCAUGCUGAAUUUUUA